AUGUCCACAGAAGACAGACUCAAUGAAAUGCGUGGGUAUAAAGCGCAAGUGUCGAGAUCAACAACAUAUCAUAUGCCCAUGUUAACCUUCUAUAGCAUUCUAAGCAACCCCAACGUCUCCGAAGAAGCAAAGCAAAAUGCACAAGCUAUGCUUGAUGAGAUCGGCGGGGAUCGCCCGCGGGAGGAGCUAUAUCAAGCCAGGGGUGAUCAAAACAAAGAUCCCAUGAGGGUUUCAGCUGGGCUUAAGGCCGCGCAGCACAACCCUGGCGUGACGGAGGGCGGGAAGCAGAGAGUUGCGGAAGAGAUGAAGGAAAGGAAUGUUCCGGAGUAA